AGUCGAGGUUCCAGACCGAUGUGUCAGAUGUGACUUGGUGUUAAAUCAGUGGUAUCACUGCUAUCGCUUCACAUGUCCUGUACUGAAUUGUCCUAUAUCACAACAUGUAAAGAAUCCGAAGCGGGAGCAUGAAUUUGACCGCUCUGCGUCGAUUGCAAUGCAAAUUUCGCAGAAUUCAUUAUCAGGUGCACGACACGUUUCGUGUAGAUCCAUGUACACGCUGUUCCUGUCAGCAUGGCGGAAUUAUCUGCCGGAGGUUCGUUUGCCCAAUGAAAGAAUGUGAUG